AUGCAUGGAAGAAAGACAAAAAGAACUAAGGAGCUACCAAAAGCUUCUUCUUCGGAUGUGAAAUUACCUAAAAUACCUAAAAUAACAAUGCCUGAAGAUUUUAAUAUAAGAACACGUCCUUUAUUUUCCCUCCCAGAAGAAAUACUCAAAUUGCCUCCACCGACUACUAAGACUUCUAAACAUCGAUCAACUAAUGCACCGCCUAGAAAAAGAUCCAGUGUUAUGCAAAGCUUUACAGCUAUGAGAAAGGCUAGAGAAGAAUUUCGAGCGAAAUUGAUGAAGCUCAUUUGUCAGUCUGCCCCCGGUGAGGAUAAGGAUUCCAUUCCUUCCGGAGACGAGAGGAAUAUGCUGCGUUAUUAUUAUUAUAUACGAUACGGGAUAGAUACAAUCCACGUUGCUCCAUUAGAUAAUAAAAUAAUAUUACGAGUACAUAGCUUGAUACCUUUGAAGCUUAAGAAGUGGAAGGAAAGUUUGUUCACUUGUACAGACGAAAUGCGCGAAGACUUUAUGAUGAGUAUGAAAAAGGCGAUUGUGGAUUUUGUUUUAAAAGAUCCAAAUACGGAAGAAUCUCUCGAAGAGGAAGAUACUUCACUGAAACAAGAAUUAGCUAUGAAUAAGGAUGACGCAUGGAGAAACAGAUAUGUUAUAUCUACAAAGUACAUAAAGAAAAACUUACACACCAUUAACCCGUGUAUUGCGCAAGUUCUACAAAUAUGGUGGAAACAAUUCAACGAGCUAAGACUUAUCAGUAUGAAGGACAUUAUGAUGACCAACGAGGCGUACGAGUUACAGGACUUUAGAUUCGUGUGCAAAAGGCACAUAGAUGCGGCCGGUAAUGUUCUUACGCUCCAGUGGAUACCGACAAUACAGGCCGUGUUCCUUCAGGGAAGUAAAAAGAAACAGAUACCGGAUCCGAAGCAGGCGUUGAAGAUGAAACGUUUUUACAAUUGUCUCGCCUGCAUCAUGACGUAUAACUUACAAACACUCUGCUUGAAAUCUAUGAAAGAAUACACUGACUAUAUUAUGGAUGUUGGGGGUAUGAAUCAAGGUUUUAUUAUAAAUCUGACUUUCCAAAACGAAGCAAUUGAGUUCGAGCCCUCGUUUAAGCAGUUUCGAGAUCAACUCUGUCUGAUGUAUGAUUUUUUAAUAGAUGCCUGUAGACAGUCGCCACGUUUGGAAACAAUAUUGUAUCAGGAUUUUGAUGUAACUGCUCGUAAAACUCUUAAGCCAAUAAUAGACAACGAUUUGAUCGAAGACUAUAAAGCAAAAAUCGCAGAUUUGAUUGAUGAGCAGAGGAUUGGACCAGAACUGAGAGUACAAGAUUUCGACGACUACGUUUGUUUACUUAAUGGAGAGUCCCUUGCUCAAGUUGAAGAUUUUAUCAAUUCUCGCCCAGAAAAGACAUUCGAAGAGUUCUGUCAAGAGUCAGUUAAAUAUGUAGAGCUAGCCCGAGAGAUACCCUCAAAACUGGAAGGGACAAUAGUUAUAGGAAUGUACAGGAUGCAGAGGAAUGACUUGAUUAACGCGUUGCGUGGAGCCGCUACAAGACUUGCUAAUACACUUCUAAGAAAAAUGACUGAGGAUUAUCAAAACAUGGUCAAAACGAUAUAUGAUGAAUAUUCCGCCAUCGCAAACACUCUUCUCACACCACCUCCGGAUACUGCAGCGUUGAUGGAGCUAAUUGCAUACUGCAAGAAGGUAGAAGAUACAGUCCUCGAAGAAAUGGAGGACAAAUUGCGCUACGUAAUGGGAUAUAUCACUUUUCUCGGCGAUUACACGAGUUUCACUCCGCUCGAGAUGAAGGCGAACAAUCAAACGUUCCAUUGGUAUGCACGCAUGCCUGGCGUUGUAGACGAAUGCAAAACAAUUUGUGAUCAGAAGAAAACUGAAUAUCAGGAACUGUUAAAGGUUCGAAUCGCCAAGUUUAUUGAAGAUCUUGACAUGUACGAGCUACAGUGUAACGAGCUUCAGUAUUGGGGCGAUAUUAACGAGUUGCCCAAAUACGUUACACGCGCUCGUAAUCUUGAUGAAAAGUUGUCUAACGCUUUAGUGAAGAUUGAUCAAUUUAAUGAGGAAGAAGCAUCUUUCGGGUGGGAGCUUUCGCAGUACCCAAAAAGAAAAAUGGUUUUUGAUCGGCUUGUCCCUUUCAAGAAACUCUACGAUGCGGGCUACGAUUUCUUGGAAAAACAUAAUAACUGGAUGAAGUCUAAGGUCGGUAGCUUUGAUCCUGAGGAAAUAGAAGGAGAUGUAAGCUAUUAUUACAAAAUUGUAUAUAAACUGGAAAAGUCAUUCCAAGACGUUCCUGAUACCCACCAGCUUGCUGUUUCAGUCAGGGAGAAAAUUGAUGAAUUUAAAACGCAUCUGCCAAUCAUUCAAACAUUAGGAAAUCCAGGCAUGAAACCUCGCCAUUGGGAGAAAGUUUCCGAAAUUGUUGGUUUUCCUAUAGUCGUCGAUGAUGAAUUGUCGUUGGAAAAAGUGAUAGAUUUCAAUUUGGUGGAUUACAUUGAGAAGUUCGAGGGUAUCUCGGAGGCUGCAACUAAAGAAAACAAUCUUGAGAAAGCGUUGGAUAAGAUGAUGAAGGAAUGGGCCGAUCUUAAAUUUGAAAUCCUGUCGUACAAGGACACUGGAACUUAUAUUUUAUCGAGUGUGGAUGAAAUACAAUUGCUGUUGGACGACCAUAUAGUUAAAACUCAAACUAUGAAGAAUUCACCUUAUAUUAAACCAUUUGAAGAAGUUAUAGUUGACUGGGAGGGCAAGCUUAUAUUGCUACAGGAAAUACUUGACGAAUGGCUAAAAGUCCAAGCAACAUGGAUGUACUUGGAACCCAUCUUUUCCUCGCCUGACAUUCAACAGCAAAUACCAGAGGAAGGUCGAAGAUUUAGCGCUGUUGACAAGAUGUGGCGGGAAAUAAUGAAAGCCGCAUACGCCGAGCCCCGGGUGCUCGAUGUGAUCACAAUUGAAAAGAUGUUAGAUAGGCUACGUAAAUCGAACAAUUUACUAGAACUGGUGCAGAGGGGUUUGAAUGCUUACCUCGAGAAAAAGCGUCUUUUCUUCCCCCGAUUUUUCUUUUUGUCCAAUGACGAGCUACUGGAAAUUCUAUCUGAAACAAAAGAUCCUUUACGCGUGCAGCCGCAUCUAAAGAAGUGUUUCGAGGGCAUUGCAAGACUGACGUUUACUGAGGAUAUGGUAGUAACGCACAUGAAGUCUUCGGAGGGCGAGAUCGUUUUGCUGACAAUGACCAUAAAUACAGCAGCGGCUAGGGGUCAAGUGGAAAAAUGGCUUUUGGAGCUGGAGAAAUCGAUGAAAGAUUCGGUACAUAACGUUGUGCACCUAUCCUACCAUAACUACACACAGCGGCCUAGAGAGGAUUGGGUACUCGUUUGGCCCGGACAGGCGGUGCAAUGUAUAGCAAUGACUUAUUGGACGUCGGAAGUAACGGAGGCUAUUCAUAUCAGCGUUAAAGCAAUGAGGUCUUAUUGGGAAAAGUGUAACUAUCAGAUAUCGAAAAUUGUGGAUUUGGUUCGAGGCGAACUUAGUCUGCAAAAUCGCAUCACGUUAGGUGCUUUAGUAGUACUGGAUGUUCACGCUAGAGACGUUCUUAUGUUGCUCAUUGACUUCAAAGUAGAGCAGGACAAUGACUUUAAUUGGCUGUCGCAGAUACGAUAUUAUUGGGAGAUCGUAACGCGUAUGAUCAACUCUCAGCUAAUGUACGGAUACGAGUACCUCGGCAACACUGGACGUUUAGUCGUUACGCCGCUGACAGAUCGCUGCUUUAGGACAUUGUUCGGAGCUCUGCAUUUGAACUUAGGAGGCGCACCCGAAGGCCCCGCAGGAACUGGAAAGACAGAAACGACGAAAGAUUUGGCCAAAGCAGUAGCAAAACAAUGCGUAGUGUUUAAUUGUUCAGAUGGUCUUGAUUACAUUGCACUAGGGAAAUUCUUUAAGGGUCUAGCUUCUUGCGGUGCGUGGUCAUGUUUCGACGAGUUUAACAGAAUUGAUCUAGAAGUGCUCUCAGUAGUGGCACAGCAGAUUCUCUCUAUUCAGCGCGGCAUCAACUCCGGAGCUACUGAGCUAUUGUUCGAAGGCACGCUGUUGCAGCUCGAUAAGACUUGUGCCGUUUUCAUUACCAUGAAUCCGGGAUAUGCCGGAAGAUCGGAACUGCCUGAUAAUUUGAAGGCGCUGUUCCGCUCAGUGGCUAUGAUGGUACCGGACUACGUGUUGAUCUCCGAGAUAGAACUUUAUGCUUUUGGAUACUUGAAUGCUAAGCCUUUGGCCGUGAAGAUAGUUGCCACCUAUAAAUUGUGCUCGGAACAGUUGUCCUCACAAAGCCACUAUGACUAUGGUAUGCGCGCUGUUAAAUCUGUACUUCGAGCCGCUGGUGCUCUGAAGCUGCGGUAUCCAGACGAAGAUGAGGACAUCAUAUUGUUGCGCUCCAUCAAGGAUGUUAAUCUUCCCAAGUUUCUUGAGCACGAUGUGCCAUUAUUCAUGGGUAUAAUUGGCGAUCUAUUCCCCGGUUUGCCACUACCUCAAGCCGGUCUACCACACUUAGUAGCAUGUUUAAAAGAAGUGUGCGUGAAGCUUAAUUUACAAGCUAAUGAUUUCUUUAUAGAAAAGGUUCUUCAGCUGUAUGAAAUGAUUCUCGUUCGACAUGGCCUUAUGUUGGUAGGAUUUCCGUUUUCUGGUAAAACUAAAUGCUACCACGCUUUAGGACACGCGUUGGCAUUAGUUUCGGAAAAGGGUCUUAUGGAUGAACACGCUGUGGAAUGGACCGUGAUCAAUCCGAAGUCGAUAACAAUGGGCCAAUUGUAUGGUCAGUUCGACCCGGUUUCACACGAGUGGUCUGAUGGUAUUUUAGCUGUCAGUUACAGAGCUUUCGCCGUAUCAACUAAUGAUAACAGGAAAUGGUUGGUUUUUGACGGUCCAGUAGAUGCAAUCUGGAUAGAGAAUCUCAACACUGUUCUGGACGACAACAAGAAAUUGUGCUUAAUGAGUGGUGAGAUUAUUCAGCUUGCACCGACUACCAAUCUCUUAUUCGAGCCUAUGGACCUUGAAGCAGCGUCACCGGCCACGGUGUCGCGUUGCGGUAUGAUAUACAUGGAGCCGAAGGGCUUAGGUUGGAAAUGCAUUCUGGAGUCCUGGAUGAAUACUCUUCCACCGGCCCUUCAUAGCGCCAACCGGAAUCUCAUCCGCAGUCUUUUUAACAGAUUUAUGUCUCCGUUAUUGUGGCUUGUUGAAUAUUCUGGUCUUGUUAAGCAAAUGUACAUUACUUCACGAACUAACAUUGUCAAGAGUUGUAUGAACCUAUUUGACACAUUUAUGGACGAUUUCUACGAUGAAAAAUUUGUAGAGCAGAUAUCAGACCUCGAUGUAAGAGCUCAACUAGAGGGUGUUUUCUUUUUUUCUUGUAUUUGGUCUAUUGGAGCGACAUUGGACGGUGAUAGCAGACCAAAAUUUGAUAUGUUAUUCCGUGGUCUACUAGAAAAAGAGUUCCCCGAUAAGAUUAUAAAAGACCUAGGUUAUCCACGGGAAAUAGCUAAGCCCGAUAAGCAGUAUAUAUUUACUAUUCCAAAAGGUGGACUUGUAUACGACUAUAGAUUUAUUAAAGAGGGUAAAGGAAAAUGGAAACCAUUUCAAGACGAUGUGGUGUCAGCGCCUCCAAUCAGUCGCGAUACGCCGCCCAAUCAGAUUUUAGUUACCACACUUGAUAGCGUUCGCUAUUUAGCACUAUUUAAGCUCUUUGUCACACAUCAAAAGCCAGUCAUGAUGGUUGGACCUACAGGAACUGGAAAAUCGUCAUAUAUUAUAGACUAUUUAGUAAAACGAGUUGACACAAAAGUGUAUAAGGCCCUCAUCAUGGCUUUCUCAGCACAAACGAACUGUAAUCAAACUCAAGAUAUUAUAAUGGGAAAACUUGACAAAAGGAGAAAAGGUGUCUACGGACCACCAAUUGGUUGUUACAGCGUAGUGUUUGUAGACGACGUGAGUAUGCCCCAAGCUGAAACUUAUGGCGCUCAACCUCCUAUAGAAGUGUUGAGGCAAGGGAUUGAUUUAGGACUUUGGUAUGAUCGAAAAACUAACGCUGCCAUGCACCUUAUAGAUGUACAGUUUAUGUGCGCAAUGGGUAAGCCAACACCAGGAGCAAAAUUGGUUACGCCUAGGUUCACACGCCAUUUUUCUUUCCUUUGCAUUGACGAGUUUGAAGAUGAAACCCUUCGAGUCAUCUUUAGUAGGAUUAUGCUAUGGCAUCUUGACACAAGGGGCUUUUCUAAAGAGUUCGACCCUUGCAUAGAUGAAAUAGUCGGUGGUACAUUAGAAGUGUAUAAACAGUGUAGAUUAAAUUUGUUGCCUACCCCGUCUAAGUCCCACUACACAUUUAAUCUACGAGAUUUUUCAAAAGUUAUUUUGGGAGUUUUAUUGUCGGUUCCUGAAGUAACUCCAGAUCUUCAAUCUAUUAAACGUCUAUGGGUUCACGAGUGUCUUCGUGUAUUCUCCGAUCGACUGGUAGAAGAAACGGAUCGGCAGUGGCUGGUGCAAUGCUUAAGAGAAGCCACAGAGAUGCAUUUGAAUGAAAAUUUCGAUAAAAUGCUCUCGAGGUUGCUGGAUGAUUCCGAAGAGAAGAUAACUGAUCUUCAUUUACGGAAUUUGAUUUACUGCGACUUCGCAAACCCUAAAGUUGAUACACGAUUUUACAUGGAAACUACGAACAUGGAACAUCUUAACUCAACAGUCGAGGCGUUCUUAGUAGAGUUCAAUAACAUGUCCAAGAAACCCAUGAACUUAGUUUUGUUCCGGUUUGCCAUUGAACACGUUUCUCGCAUCUGCCGAGUGCUAACGCAGCCGCGUUCACACGCGCUCCUGGUGGGACUCGGAGGCUCCGGUCGCCAGUCGCUCACCCGCCUCGCUGCGCACAUCAACGAAUAUGAUCUCUUCCAGGUUGAGAUGAGUAGAACUUAUGGAAAAAACGAAUGGCGGGAAGAUUUGAAGACGCUACUUAAAAAGUCCAGCACUCCAGAGUUGCACAUGGUGUUUCUGUUCAUCGAAUCACAGAUCAAAGAAGAAGGCUUCUUGGAGGACGUCAAUAACAUGCUGAAUUCGGGAGAAGUACCUAACAUAUUCGUCGCUGAUGAAAAGGCUGAGCUUUGUGAGAAAAUGAGAGUGAUCGAUCGUCAACGUGACAAGUCACUGCAAACGGACGGAAGUCCUACAGCGUUGUAUGCGUACUUCGUGUCGAUUGUGCGCGACCAGCUGCACAUAGUGCUAGCAAUGUCCCCAGCAGGCACUGCGCUGCGCACGCGUAUCCGCAAGUUCCCUUCACUCGUCAACUGUUGCACCAUUGACUGGUUCCAGGAAUGGCCACCGGACGCUCUAUUGGCUGUCGCAAAACGUUUCCUCAAAGAUAUUGAAUUGACGGAUUUAGAACGCGAGACGGCCAUCAAGCUGUGUCAAAUGUUCCACACCGACACGCAAGAGCUGACACGACAAUAUUUGCUGCGGCUUAAAAGAUAUAACUAUGUCACGCCAACCGCUUAUCUUGAACUUAUCAAUAUGUUCAAGACUUUAUUAAGUAAAAAGCGGACUGAGUUGAUUACAAACGAAAAACGUUACAUCACUGGCCUCGAUCAGCUAGCUAUUGCUGCUAAAUCAGUCGCUGCACUACAAGAAGCCUUAGAAAUUCUUCAGCCAAAGUUAGCAGCCGGUGCUGCCGCUGUAGCUGAGACAACUGCUAAAGUAGAGAAGGAAAAAGAAGGAGUAGCAUUAGUAGAGGCUGAGGUGUUAGUGGAUCAGGCUGCUGCAGAAGAACAGGCAAAAGAAGCACAAGGCAUAAAGGACGAAUGCGACGCAGAUUUGGCCGAAGCGAUGCCGAUUCUAAAUGCAGCCUUAGCAGCGCUAGACACUUUGACACCUCAAGAUAUUACCUUCAUCAAAACUAUGAAGAGUCCGCCGCGUGGAAUCAAACUUGUCAUGGAAGCUAUUUGCAUAUUAAAGGAGGUGAAACCAGAUAAAAUCCCGAAUCCAUCAGGCGUUGGCACCAUCGAGGACUAUUGGGGCCCAUCUAAGAAGUUGUUAAACGACAUUAAAUUCUUGGAGUCGCUGCAGAACUAUGACAAAGACAACAUACCCCCGCCCGUUAUGAAGAAACUAAUGGCCACUGUGAUGCAGGAUGAUGGUUUUGUGCCGGAGAAGAUUAAAACUGUAUCAGUGGCAGCGGAAGGUAUGUGCAAGUGGGUGAUCGCCAUGACGAAGUACGAUAAGGUGGCUAAGAUUGUAGCCCCAAAGAAGCAGCGCUUAGCGGCUGCCCAAGCCGUCUACGACAAAGCAAUGGCCGCACUCGCAGUCAAGCAGGCUCAGCUUAAGGAGGUACAAAUGAAAUUAGCAAAAUUAGAAGAAAUACUAGCUGAACAAAAUCGCCAACAGAAGAUAUUAGAUGAUGAAGUGAUGGACUGUAGCAAUAAACUGAAACGCGCUGAGAUGCUAAUUUCCGGUCUCGGUGGAGAGAAGACGAGGUGGACUCAAAUAGCGAAGUCGCUCAGAGAGAAUUACAAUUCCCUCACUGGCGAUAUACUGAUCGCUGCGGGAAUCAUUGCUUAUCUGGGCCCUUUUACAGCUGCUUUUAGAAAUUCACAGAUAAAGGCGUGGGCUAAAGCGUGCGAUGAGUGCGGCAUCGUGUGCUCGCUGCAGUACAGUUUGCCGCAUGUGCUCGGCGAUCCUGUCACCAUUCAACAGUGGAACAUCGACGGCUUGCCCGCUGACGACUUUAGCGUCGAGAGUGCCAUUAUAAUUAUGACAGCACGCCGAUGGCCACUUAUGAUCGAUCCGCAAGGACAAGCCAAUCGCUGGGUAAAAAAUAUGGAGAAACCAAACAAUUUAUGUGUGGUUCGAAUAACUCAGGCGGAUUUGAGCCGUGUUUUAGAAAAUGCCGUGCAAUUCGGACAACCAGUGUUAUUGGAAAAUGUUUUGGAGGAAUUAGAUCCCAUGUUGGAGCCGCUAUUACAGCAACAGACUUUCCGCCAGGGUGGGGCACUUUGUAUUAAAAUUGGAGAUGCUAUUGUGGAGUACAGCAAGGAUUUUAAAUUGUACAUAAGCACUAAACUAUCAAAUCCUCACUAUCUACCUGAAGUGGGUGUCCGAGUGACUUUGGUUAACUUUAUGUUGGCCAAAGACGGCUUACAAGCACAGCUAUUAUCCCGCGUUGUUGCUAGAGAGAGGCCAGACCUUCAACAGGCCAAAACUGACCUCACCACUCAAGGAGCGGAGCACAGGCGACUUUUGCAAGAUAUAGAGAAGAAGAUUCUUACUGUGCUGUCUAGUUCCGAACAUUUGUUAGAAGACGAAGAGGCGGUUCAGAUUUUGAAUUCAGCCAAAGAUAUGUCAAAUGAAAUCAAGGAAAAGCAAGAAGUAGCCAUGCAUACGGAGAAAGCUAUCGACGCAGCGAGAGAUGACUAUGUGCCAAUUGCUGCACAUUCUACCAACUUAUUUUUCUUAAUCGCAUCUUUGGCAAACAUCGAUCCCAUGUACCAGUACUCUCUGGGUUGGUUCGAGGGUUUAUUCACGGCGGCCAUCGACAACACAGAUAAAGUGGACGACAUACACGAGCGCUUAAAAAUAUUACGCGAUUACUUCACGUACUCACUCUACAACAACAUAUGUAGGAGUUUGUUUGAAAAGGACAAAAUGGUAUUUUCGUUACUGUUAACCAUUACGAUAAUGGUAGCGGAAGGUCGCCUCCAGCAGAAUAACGUGAUCUUCCUUCUGGGCGGCGCCCAACCGAGGCAGAUACCGCCCAAUCCGGUGCAGUUUAUUAGUCCGCAGGCGUGGGCGGAGUUAAACGGGUUGAACGAAUAUGAAAAGUUCAGUGGUAUUGUGAAGCAUUUCACCUCGAAUGUCUCUAUGUGGGAAGCAUACUGCGAUACGCCCGACCCACAAAACCAGCCAUUACCUGAACCUUGGAACACCAAGCUCGAUGAAUUUGAGAAAUUAAUGGUGCUACGUUGUGUGCGAAUGGACAUGAUGGUGCCGGCCGUGCAAAAUUAUGUUGAAGUACAACUGGGACGGCAGUUCAUUGAGCCACCGCUGUUUGAUCUGACCUCUUCUUACGCGGAAUCACACUGCUGCAUACCACUGCUUUUUGUCUUGACACCUGGAUCAGACCCUAUGGGAACAUUACUGAAGUUCGCUGACGACCAGGGUUUCGGAUCAUCCCGGCUGUUUUCCUUGUCAUUGGGUCAAGGGCAAGGUCCAAUUGCAGUGAAACUCAUUGACGAAGGAGUACGUAGCGGUACCUGGGUUGUUUUGCAGAACUGUCACCUGGCGAAGAGCUGGAUGCCUAUGUUGGAAAAGAUUUGCGAAGGCUUAACACCAGACAACACACAUCCAGACUUUCGACUUUGGUUGACGUCUUAUCCAGCAGACCAUUUCCCUGUUUACGUAUUACAAAACGGUGUAAAAAUGACCAACGAACCACCCCAAGGUCUUCGCGCAAACAUAGCGCGCUCGUAUCAAAGUGACCCUAUAAACGAUCCGGAGUGGUUCGAAGGCAACAAGCAGACGGAGGUGUUCAAGAAGCUUCUCUUCGCUCUCUGUUUCUUCCACGCAGUGGUGCAAGAACGACGGCAGUUUGGUCCGCUAGGCUGGAAUAUACGAUAUGAGUUCAACGAGACCGAUCUAAGGAUCAGUGUAACACAACUUUACAUGUUCCUCAACGAGUACGAUGACAUUCAAUUCGUGGCUCUGCGCUAUCUAACGGGCGAAUGCAAUUAUGGCGGUCGUGUGACCGAUGACUGGGACCGGCGCUGUCUGAAUACUAUCCUUUACAAGUUCUACAACUCACGCGCUGUAGAAGAACACAAUUAUCCGCUUGAUCCUACUGGCUUGUACUACAUCCCCACAUUAAAGGAGCACUCCGAAUUUGUGUCGUUUGCGCGCUCUUUGCCGGUGGCAACACCACCAGCUGUAUUUGGAUUUCAUGCCAACGCCGAUAUAACUAAGCACUUCCGUGAGGCGGAAGAAUUACUAGACACAGCUAUACUUACACAGGAUACGAUGGCCGCUGGAGGCGGUGGCGCUACACCGGAGCAGCAAGCGAUGGCGAUAGCCGAAGAUGUGCUCGCUCGGUUGCCGGACAAGAUAUUGCGAGGUCCCUCUCAUGAGGGCGACAUUAAGCCUGCUGAUAUGACACCAAUGUCUAUCGUAGUAAUACAAGAGGCCGCUAGAUACGAGCGCCUCGUUCACGUCAUUAGAAGUAGCUCCAGAGCUGUUAUUGGAGCUAUACAAGGUGUAAGCGUAUUGACUGAUAUAACGGAGGAGGUGCUCACAAGCAUGGUGCGAGGCCGCAUCCCUGCGCUAUGGGCCGGCAAAAGUUACCCUUCCUUGAAACCUCUCGCGGCUUACUUCAGCGAUCUCUUGGCCAGACUGGAAUUCCUGCAGCACUGGCAUCAACACGGCCCUCCAGUUAUUUUCUGGUUGUCUGGUUUUUACUUUCCGCAAGCGUUCCUCACGGCAGCGCAACAAAGCUAUGCGAGGAAAUACAAGAUACCUAUCGAUCAACUGGAGUUCCAUUAUGAGGUCCAACGCACUACCGAUUUGAAAGUACCGCCACCAGAGGGCGUGUACAUCCGUGGUCUCUUCAUGGAAGGGGCGCGUUGGAACAUGAGUAGCUACGUGGUUGAUGAGUCCUUCCCUAAGGUACUCUACGAUGACUUUCCACCGGUGUGGCUGAUACCUCUAAAGCGUGAAGACGUACCGAAGGACGAGUUCUACAACUGCCCGCUGUAUAAGACUGGUGACCGACGUGGAGUACUUUCCACCACUGGACACUCCACCAAUUAUAUUCUGUUCAUGCGUUUGCCGACGGCACGGGAGCCGGAUCACUGGAUAAUGCGGGGAGUCGCUUUACUUACACAAUUACCGUUUUAA